GAUUUAUUUUGAGGCAAUGAGACGAAUCAUUAACAGCAAGUCACCAACGCCAACCGUUUUCAAUUUAAAGCUAUAUUUACUAAAAUAUCCACAACCCGCACAUUUUAAAUGGAAAUAAGUCAUAAAACUUUUGAACCACCUUGAUUGCUAAGUUCGUUUUAGUAAGGAUACUAAAGCGAAAUAUUUCUCGAAAUUUGUACAAGAUGUCCAAGAGUGAAGAUAAUAAACCGCAAGAGAAUAUUGUCAGUGGAACAUGGUUAAAAAGAUCACGUGCAGACAUGGUGGGCUCAUCAACAGAAGCCACAGAACAUGAACCAGAGGAGAAGCGACCAGCGUUUCGUCUGCAACCACCAACAUUAAUACAUGGACAAGCAAAACCUGUUCCGAAAUCUGCAGAAGACUCUACAAACCGAUGUAAAUUUUUGCAACCUUCCAAAUUAACUGUGUCGUCCACAUCAGGAGCACAACAUAAAAAUGACAAGUCUCCCCUUCAACCUGCCAGAAUUGGAUCUGGACUUCUUGUCUCUUCCAGCAAUCCGUUUUUGCUCACUGCCAAUGAUUCAAUUAAAGAAGAGGAAUCUGUUAAAGAAAAUGAAACCGUCGCCCCUCCUGAACAAACAGAAUCAAAACAAAAUGGUGGCUCAGCAGAUACUGGUGAAAAAUGUGUUCCCGACAGUACCACAGAUAAAGCAACAACUAAGGACACUAAAGAAGGAAAUUUGUUUCUACAAAGCACUGAAGUGUCGGCUUCCGCAUCAGAUGGAUUUGUAUUUGGUAAGAAGAUGGAGGAACGUGUUACAGUGGCCGCGAUAAACUCGGAUGUUGCUGAACAAGAGAGUGGCGAUGCUGGUUCUUCUGUUUCAUCAUCAGAGUUUGUCUUUGGUCAGAAUCUUGCUGAGCGUGCAAAGGUAUCAUCAAGUACGGAUCCACCAUCAUUGUUCAUGCCACCUAGCAAUAACGAACCAUCUGGUUUGGAUGCAAAGAAUGAUUCAACCAAUCAAGUGGAAACAAAGAGAGGAGGAUUAGAAGAAGAUGCUGCAGCUCAUUUUGCCGCUUCUCAACAUCGAACAGUUAUACCCGAAGUUGAAGUUGUUACUGGUGAAGAGGGAGAGAAAAAUGUUCUUCAGAUGCAGUGCAAAUUGUAUCAAUUUGAUGCAAAAAAUCAAAACUGGUUGGAACGAGGUGUUGGAAGUUUACAUUUAAAUGAUGGGAUAUGUAAUGAUGGUGAUGUCAACUUUCAAUCAAGACUUGUUAUGCGAACACAUGGGAGUCUGCGUCUUGUUUUAAACACUAAGGUGUGGCCACAAAUGACAGUGGAGCGAGCAAGCAAAAAAUCUGUACGUGUUUCUGCUCAAACAGAAGAUGGUAGUAUUAGUGUUUUUCUAAUAUCUGGGACAAUUAAUGAUGCAGAGCAGAUUUACCGAGCUCUUGAAUAUCGUGUCCUGCAUCAGAAACAACUGGAAGAUCAAAACAAAGAGGAUGAAAAUCCGUCUCCGACCAAGUCAAAUAAUUGUGGGGAUAAAGACAAUGACAAAACACUUGAUGUCAGCAAAGAGUUACCAGGUGAAGUAACGGACAACACAUUGAAAAUUGAAGCUGCUAAAAAUACACAAGAAACCACCACCACAACUUGAUCCACAUCUGCAUUUCUUAAGAUAUUCCAACUUUCGUUGUCAUGAAGACACCCUCAUAUAUGGAGGCAUUCCUACCAAACUAUAUUGUAAUAUUAUCUUUUAUUUAUUUCUACCUUUGGAUCUAAUUACUUACAAGUGUUUUUUACGUUGGACCAACAACCGUUGCAUAUAACUAACAUAAAGUGCUUUUAUAAUGCACAAGUGACAACAAGAAACACCAACACGUCAUAUUGCACUCUGUUUACGAACUCACGUUUUUCCGUUUGGGAGGUCCCCACGGUGUUGGUUUUAAAAUUCACGCAAUAAAACGUAUCGGAACAAUA